UUUAACUGUGGCGGACUGCCUGCAGUGCAGUGUGUGGUUUUGUACAGGAGAGGGAUUUCCUGGCUGCAUAUCUCCGCGCUCCUUGUCGGCGUUUUGCCUGGCCUGGAUCGCUCCGUUUCCCCUCGAAUGACACACUUAACUGGGGUUGCAGAACCGAACCGAACCGAGCAGCGGUUCUGAGCUGGACCAGGAUGCGGAGGAGUUGCGCUUCUGAUCGGACCUGAGCAGUGACCACGGGAUAAGGAAACACGAAGCCCUGCAGGACAGGAGGGAAGGCGGGGAUGCUGGCUUGUGAGGAAGGGACCGGAAGGAGUGACUGUGGGAUGUGAGGUGGAUCCUACCGCUGUUUGCUUUGCUCGCUGGUUCAUAAAUCACCCAGAGUUUAUAUUCUGAGAAGGUGGGCCAAGUCCCGGGAUAGAAAAGGAAGGGGGUUGGCUCAGUUGUUACAGCAGCGAGUAAUGGAUCAUGGUGGUGAUGUUAGGAGCUCCAGGACUCCCAGUCGGCUCACAGCGCAGCAGUUCCUCUGAAGCCCCGCUCAAGUUGGCUCCUGCCUGUUGAGAUGCAGCAAAUGGAAACACAGUGAAGGGGUUCAUGCUGAUAAAAUUGAUCUGCUCAGUGAGCUCCAACCAGAGCCAUGGGGAAUACCCAGACUGCCGCAGCGAGAAGGAGUCCGGAGGGGAGGCGUCACUCCUGGUGUCUCCGCUGGUGGUGGCUGGGAUUGUUAUAGGACUGGUCCUCUUCCUCUCCUGCAUCACCAUCAUCAUCGGCAGCCUGCGGAAAGACAGUCGACUCAGAAACCCACACUUUGGCGCCAGCUAUGGACAAGAUGGAUUUUCCUUUGGGGGUUCAGCAGGGGAACUGAGGUCUAGCUGCAUAGAGGACUUUCCUCCUGCCUUAGACUUUGACUCCUUCAGAGAGAGUCUUCCACAGAUUACCAGCCUGUAUCCUGACUCUCCACCACGCUACGAUGAGUGUGUGGGACCAGAUUUGACUCAGAUCUACAUACCGACUGGUGACCCGCCCCCAUACUCCCUGCUGGACCCGUGCUGGUGCCCGGCAGGCCCAGAGGAGCAGCCUCCACACUCGGGUCCACCAGAUGCUUCACAGUACUGUGGAGAGACGUCCGCCAGCACUGCCUGGUCCUCAUCGUCCUCCUCCGCUUCCUCCCACUGUUCCCUGGGACUACAUGAGCAGGAGCAGCAACACAUUACAUGUAUUUCCUUCCCAAUGGAGGCAGCGCCUCCUUAUGAUGCGGUGCUGGGAGAGCAGGGACAGCCCCUACCUCUCAUGCCAUGUAACCUUAACAAACACUCAGACAGGGACUAUGAUGAAAACUCCCAGCAACUCCCAGCCAACCACAUCUCCUAAGACCAUUAAUUUGGUUUACUCAGCUGAGCUCUCAGCUGUCUCCUGGUUAUUUAAGCUAACACUUAGUAAGCAGCUGGGCACCAAGCAGUAGAAAGCAACAAUGUCUGAAUAUCUUCCAUACAGUUGCUAACACACUAUAGCCAUUUUAAAGCAAGAGGAAAUCUUUUUGUAAUAAACAGGUCUUUCAUCCGAAAUGAUGCUUCGCUGAACAACAACCUAUUAAGGUACACAGCUCUGUUUUUUCUUUAUAUUUUUAAGGUUAUUAUUGUUAUUAUAGAUGGUUAUUAUAGAUGGUGUUUGUCUACCAUCUAGUUGAGAUGGUCUCAGAUUUCUUUAAAUUUGCUCUAAUAUUAUGUAUUAUGUUCAAAACCAACACAGGAGUCUAGACAUUAGAGCAGAGUGCUGUUCACCAAUGGCAGUUCUGUCAUGAUGGAGUCCUGGAUGAGCCCCCUUUCUCUGCUCAUCCCUCAUACAAUGACAUCCACUAACAAAGUAAAUAUUUACCCAUAUAUUAGUUAUGGGGUGUCAUUUAUUAAAAUACACAGUCAAAAAUUAACAGCAAUAACUAAAUAUAAGCUAAAUAUCCCAAUCCAUUCCAGCUUUAAUUACACUAUAAAAACAACACAGAUGACCAAAGUGUUGUACACUAUUAUUUUAAUUGAGAAUUAAAUAUUUAGCUUAAGAGAAUACACAUUUAGCUCCUAACUAAAUAUUUAGUAAACUAGCUAAAUAUUUAACUCCACAUUAAGUAUUUGGCUUGCUAACUUGCUAACUAAAUAUUUAGAUUCUUAACUAAAUAUUGAGUUUGUAGCUAAAUAUUUAGUUUGUAAUUUUGAAGCUAAAUAUUUAGUUACAAACUAAAUAUUUUAGCUUGUAACUAAAGAUUUAGCUUCAAAAUGGCUGACCUGGUCAGUGAGCCAUACCAACCAUAUCAAAACCUGCUAACUUCCUGCAUGGCUUUGUAGUAAAAUAGGCUGAACUAACCAGUAGUCUACCUGGACAUGAGGGGAAAACUAAUAAAUCGCCAUUCUUUCUGUGGAGGUUAUUAAAGCUUUCAGCACAGCAGAAUGAUGAUGGUCUGAAAUUAUUUUUAAUGCUAAUUAAUUCCAGCCUGAAAUGUGGAGAGACUCAGCUCCAUCUGUUUUGUCAUAAUUCUUCCGAUAAAGGGCUCUGGUUUUAAUAUCGUGCUAGAACUGGAGCCAAGCAACGACAUGUAGCUUGGAGCCUUCCCUCCCUGAGGCUGGACUGAUGCAACAAAGACUUUAACACACUAACCUGUAGACUCACUGCAGCUCACUGCUGCUCCACAAAUAGAGUUCUGCUCCAUGAAGGAAACAGCUGUGAAGCACAACUGAAAUUACGGGUUGGAGUUUUAUAAUGAAUCAAUCAGUUUAUUUGUAAAGCACAUUUCAGCAGCAAGACAGUUCAAGGUGUAAAGCACCUUGAACUGUCACAAAAUUACAAAGUUCUAAAGAAAACUGUCAACAACUGAACAGACAUUAUGUUUUCACCAAAAUCAUACACAUAAAAUAUGUUGGUCAAUAUUUAAUUCAUUACAAUUCAAAAACAACUCAUUCAGGUGGGUUUUUAGUCUUAUACAAAUCUGAAAAGUGUGGUGUGCUUAUGUAUUUAGCCUUAAGACAUAAGCUAUUAAUUUGUUAACUUGAAUAGCUUAGAGUAUAUAUCCAUGUGCUAAAAGGGCCUAGUUAAAGUUCAAAUCAAGGUCCAAUUGAGAAUCUAUUGAACAGAAUCUAUUGAUAGUUGAUGUUCAGAGUUAGCCUCAUCUGGUCUGACUUAGCCUGAGUUACUUUUCAUAGAAAUAUAGUAAAACAUGAGCAAAGCUGAUAGUCAUAUACCCAACAAAGCUAGCUUCGAGAAGCUAUGGACUGCUAGCACUCAAUUCAAUACAGAAAAAUUGAGAAACAAGUGUGCUCUACCUUCACAAUCAUCACAUGAAAUACUAAAUCUAACUCUUUGAUGUAUGAGUUUAUAAUCUGUAAAAGUGUGGAAAAAUCAUCAAAGGCUC